AUGGUGUCAAAUCGAGUCCAGAGACAACAACGUAGUAGUAAUGAAGUCAAUCCACCGUCUGGUAGCGGAAUUCGUGGUAUUCUUAUGUACAAAAAACCAAAGCAUUAUCGAGAAAUUGUUGUCCAGUAUCCUGAGAAUGUAAUGAGAUGUGAUAAUCCACAAACAAGAUACGAAAGUUGCCCAAAGACAAGAAGGUUGUCUAUAUUCAUACCGCUGAAUGCUGUGAAACCAGAUGAUAGCGGAUAUCGCAAGGAAUUGUUUAGAUUUACAUGCUUUAACUCUUGUGUUGGAGGAAUGAAUAGACGACCAACACAUUUAUCCUUUCGACUGGAAUGUGGUUCUAGGGUUGAAGGUAUAGCUGUGGUUGAGCUACGUAUAUGUGCUUCACCUGGAAGGGAUAGCAAUGAAAAGGACCUGGGAUCUAAUUCAAAGCCAAACAAACACCAGGACAACGAACCCAGUUCAACGACAGACGUCCCAUCAUCCAUAACAACAUUAUACCCCCCUCGACAGAGUGUACUCAUGUCAACUGUUAAAGACUCCAGCUCACCCAAACCGUUCCAGUUCUCUAUCACGCAAGGACAACAACCUUGCAAACGACGUAAGUUUUACGUAUGA